ACACUUAGGAAAAAUCAUGCGUGAUUGAAAUAUUUGUCCAAUGCAAGUGCAUUCAUGGAAGGAUAUACAGAACACAGAAAAGCAGCACAUGUGGGAAACAGUAAAGGAAUGUUUUGAUAAUCCCAAUAUUGAAUUAUACCGUGAUGAUACCCUAGAGCAUAUAUGUAAUUUGUGGACAAAUUGGAGGUCAGUUUUGAAUGUAAAAUUUGUGAGGCCUUGCAAAAGUAAGAUUGAGGCUUUAAAAAAUGUUCCACCUGAAGUAAAUGUUGAAGAUUGGAAGUGGCUUGUCACUAACAAGUUUAUGACAGAAAAGUUUCAGAAGAUCAGUCAACAAAAUAUUAAGAAUAGGUUUGCAUCAGAUAUGGGAAUGCCUCAUCGCACAAGGAGUAGGCCACGUAGAGAAAUCAUAUAUGAAAAUGGAGGUAAAUAUUCAACACCACCUGACUUGGGAGUAAUUUUCUUAAAGACAAGAUGCAAAAAUGAAAAACUAGAUGGAACAAGAAAAAAAGAAAAAUAUGUAAGUGUCAUUAUUUAG